AUGUCGCCGGAAACUGAGGUUACUCUGGAUAAUCUUAGUAUAAUUCUCGAGCAGGAUACACAAGUAAAGCUCGCCGGAAUCGACGCAGAUGGGAUCCUUCGUGGGAAACUUGUAUCCAAGCGGAAGUUUCUCAGCAUUGCCCAAGAUGGAUUCGGGUUCUGCUCUGUCAUAUUUGGGUGGGAUAUGCACGAUCAUACAUACUUCAAGGAGCUAGGGAUAAGCAAUAAGGAGAAUGGAUAUAGAGACAUGCUAGCAAUCCCGGACCUGACUAGCUUUCGGAGAAUACCGUGGGAGGAUAAUGUACCCUUUUUUCUGAUAAACUUUUUCGACCCGGAUACCAAGGAGCCUGUAUCGGCCUGUCCGCGCGGAUUGUUGAGGACAGCUGCUGAGAAAAUGGAGAAGCUGGGCUAUAGAGCUAUGGCUGGUGCGGAAUAUGAAUUUUAUCAAUUUCGCGCGCCUCCGAAUCCAAAUGCUCUCGAACGAAACUCUUCAUCAACAGCUACUUUUCUCAGGGAGAAUCCAGUGGAUGCUCUCCCACCACUAACGGAAGGGAUGUUUGGCUACAGUCUUACGAGGACGGUGCAUAAUCAGGAGUAUUUUUAUAGGGUCUUCAACACCUGUCACGAAUUUAAGUGUGACAUUGAGAGUUGGCAUACUGAAAGCGGUCCUGGCGUAUUUGAAGCCGCUCUUGAGUUUGGAGAGAUCAAAGAAAUAGCUGAUCGUGCGGGGUUAUUCAAAUACGUUGUGAAAUGCCUUGGCAGCAAAUAUGGAAUAACACCUGUAUUCAUGGCUAAACCACGGCAGGGACUCCCGGGAAACAGCGGACAUAUGCACGUCUCCCUUGUCUCAGACACGGGGAUAAACUUGUUCAGCCGCGACGAACCCGAUCCUUCACCCCCAUAUUCCGAUGUAGCAUACCUUUCCGACAUGGGCAGGCACUUUCUCGCAGGCGUCCUCGACGGCCUGCCUGACAUCAUGCCCCUUUUCGCCCCGACCAUAAAUUCCUACAAGCGUCUGGUGGAGAACUUCUGGGCCCCCGUCACCGUUUCCUGGGGUCUAGAGCACCGAGCUGCAUCUAUCCGUGUCAUCACGCCACCCACUUCGUCCCCGAAGGGCACACGUCUUGAGGUGCGGGUCCCCGGUGCAGAUGCGAACCCGCAUUAUGUCCUCGCGGCUAUCCUCGCGCUAGGUUGGCGCGGGGUGGAGAAGAAGCUCGCGCUUCCUGUUCCGCCGCUGCCUCGAGGGGCGGAGGUGGGCAGCUCAACCGACCAAGGGGCGCGGUUGGCUAAAAGUCUCAAGGAAGCGGUUGCCGUUUUCACACGAAAGGAGAGUGUUGCGAGGGAGGUUUUUGGAGAUGCCUUUGUAGAUCAUUUUGGGGGGACGAGGGAACAUGAGAUCCGGCUGUGGGAGGAAGCUGUGACUGAUUGGGAAGUUAAGCGGUAUAUCGAAACUGAGAAGCUUGAUGCUAUGAUGGGAGUUUCAGGCUUAGUAUGCUUCUUUGAGGAAUAUGCAGCUGAUCAAAAGAUUCAAAGAAAGCUACUUGUGCAGCUGUACCAACCCCUCACAGGUUCCACUGCAGACUGCAAGCUGGACAUAGGCUUUGUGAACAACUCCAAUGCCAGUGAGGAUUCCAGCUGCCACUGGUCACAGAUCCUGGGCCUGGGAGAGCUGAAGAAUGACAUCUCAUAUGAUGUCCCAUCAAAGGCAUGGCUUGACCUGGGGAGCCAGAUAGAGAGACUUAUUUUUGAUGAAGUGGUGAAGCGGGCUCCUUGUGUCACCGGGCGGGCGACGACCUGCUGGAAGGCACAUCUAGAUGGAGAUGAGUCCAGGAUGCCUCUCGUCAUCAAAGAUUCGUGGCAGUAUCCGGAGCGCGAGGAGGAGGGAGUGUUGCUGCGGGAGGUAACAGAGAAAGGAGUGAGCAAUGUGGCAAGGUACUACCACCAUGAGACAGUUUGUGUGAGGGAAAAUGACAAUGAUAUCUGCAACACUGUUCAGAGAGGCCUAGAUGUCACAAAGUCAGGGAACUACAGAACCAGCAGCUCCAGAUCAGUGUUGAGCAGAAAGGGUUCUCAUGCUGGGAGAAAGGAUGGAGGGAGCGGCGGUGUCGCCAGUCAGAAGCAUUACUCCACUUCAAUUGAUUCAUCACUGCGGCCGAGCAAACGGCAUUCAAUUUCUUCAACAAAAGCUGGUACUCACAACUCAAUGCCUAACUGGAUUCAUCGCCGUGUCGUUGUUCGGGAUUAUGGAAAACCAAUAUAUAAGGCAAGUUCGAAAGUCUCCCUGCGUGCCGCCCUGGAGGGAUGCAUUGAGGGGUACAAGGACCUAUAUAAACAGACCGGCUUGCUUCAAGGAGAUAUCUCUCCAAAUAAUCUCAUGAUCAAUGAGGAGGCAGAUAAUUUGUCAUGGAAAUCUUUCUUAAUUGAUCUUGAUCUUGCAAUCAGGGUGCAGUGGGAGGGUUUCUCAGGAAAUCAAGGAAAAACUGGAACACUAGUGUUUAUAACAAUUGAUGUUCUUUUAGCAGAUGAGAAACACACCUUUAUGCAUGCUCUUGACUCAUUUUUCUGGGAACUCUUCUGGAUAUGCAUACAUUACAAAGGGCCAGGCAAAGGCAAGGUGAUUGAAGAGUUUGAGAAAUGGAAUUUUAUGGACAUGGAGGCACUAGCAAAAGCAAAAAAAGAGGAGAUUUCUGAUGAAAGAGAUUUCCUUAUAUCAGGAGAGAAAUAUUUUACUGAGUACUAUCAACCUCUGCUACCUUGGGUUAACAAACUACAGAGAGAGGUUUUCCCUGGUGGGAGCAGAUAA